UUUUCUCUGCACACAAAAAAUCACUUGUCUUACUGCCCCCAUACCCCACCCCACCCCAACAAACAACUCUCAAAAUUUAAGUACUGUUCCAUUGAGAAAAUGUCUACUUCAUUUCAGUUUCCUUCAGAUCAUCAUCCAAUAAACCUCAUUUCUCAAGAUCAUCAAACAAAGCCAACACAAAAAAUGAUCCAAACUGCUACUGGACGUAAAAGGUCCAGUAAAAACAUCCAGAAAAAGAAGAAACAACCACAAAGAGGGAUGGGUGUUGCACAACUCGAACGUCUUCGAAUGCAAGACCACAUCAAAAACACAACCCCUCAUCAUCAGUACUUCUCUACUAAUUUUCCCAAUUUCACUACUGCUAGUGCUAGUGUUGCUGCUGUUGCUGAUCCUGGAAUUUAUAACUCCAUUUUGAACUCUUCACCAGUAUUUCCUCAGUUUCCUAAACUGUGUGUUAGCCCUGAUUUUUUUGUUCAACAAAAAGUUGUAAAUACUGGGGUUAUUGGAUCUAGUACUACUACUGGACCAGCUAUGUCAUUUGGAUUUGGAAAUCAGUUGGUUUCUUCUCAUGAUCAUCAGUUUCAAUCUCAAAAUAUGGGUCUCUAUGGAUUUCCAACUUCUUCUAAAGCCAGUGAAAAAUCAAAGGAGCUGUCUUCAAUGCCAAAUUUCAAGAACACCAACAACAAGUCAUGUUUCUCUGAUCGUUGCCUUUCAUGCAACAAAAAGAAACGCAUGAUUAAUGGAGAUGAAAUGAACAUUCAUAUGGAAAACAUGAUCAGCGUAAACCAAUCAGAUUUUGGAACAAAGCCUUUGUUUCAACCAUGCCGCCCUAUACCUACUCGUCCUCAAAAGGGCGUAGAGAUAGUGGCCAUCCAUCGAAAGGGAAGUUCAUCGUUAUCCGAUGAAGGAGCAGUUGUGAUGGAGUAUGAUUUCUUUCUAGACAAAAGUGGAAGCAAAAUUAGUACUAACACAAGUUGUUUUAGGAAGAUGAUUAGUACUAAAUCAUCAGAAUCUUCUUCAGUUGUUGCAGUGGGGAAUAAUAAUGGUGAAGCUUCUUGUGUCACUACAAUAUCUUGGACUGAUACUAUUACUACACCUACCAGUUCUAUUGAUCUCUCACUUAAGCUUUCUUGUUAGGUUUUCUUACAGAAUCAUUUAAAAUAGGAGUUAAGUAUAUGGUUUCUGAAUUUUGUCUUUUCACAGUUUUGCGAAAUUUGAUCUGAUCAAGGACCAAAACACUACUUUAUAUUUACCCUUUUGGUUAUGUUAGGUAGUACUUUACUUGUUAUUACUUCUCCAAAAUGGAGCAAUACAUUUUCUGGGUUUUUA